AUACAGGUAGCAUGUUAUGGUGCACCUGACCAACCCACCUGAGCUGGACAUACAGUGGGACAAAGAAGACUGAAUUAUUAUACACCGUGUUUUCAUCUACAGCUGGAAAAACAGAAGGCAACAGACAGAACUAGAGUGAGCAUGACAUCAUUUUUGCCUCAAGCCCUGUCACCCCAAUUCCACACAAUGGGCCAGGAAUCCCAAGAGUACAGCUUGUACAAUGACAACUUCUACAACCCGCCACCUCUGCCGAGCCCACAGCAGACCUUGCCAUCUGCCAGUGACCUGGUGGACUAUGCCACCCCAUCCUCCAACCCUUAUCUGUGGUUCAGUAGCCCUGGGCUGAAUGCUGCGCCCAACCUCGGGGGAGGGCCGCAGCCCUAUGGCAUGCAGAGACCCUAUCUUGGUGCAGGAGGAAUGGGGGGUGCAGAAGGGGCUUUCAGCUGGUUUUCUUUGCCUUCUCAAGAAGACCUGAUGAAACUUGUUAGACCACCAUAUUCUUAUUCAGCUCUGAUUGCCAUGGCAAUAAACGGUGCCAGAAAUCGCAGGCUCACUCUCAGUCAAAUCUAUCAGUACGUAGCAGACAACUUCCCUUUCUACAACAAGAGCAAGGCCGGCUGGCAGAACUCGAUUCGUCACAAUCUUUCGCUCAAUGAUUGCUUCAUGAAGGUGCCUAGGGAUGAUGAUGACCCAGGAAAGGGCAAUUACUGGACUCUCGACCCAAACUGUGAGAAAAUGUUUGAUAACGGUAAUUUCCGUCGCAAGAGAAAGAGAAAAUCCGAUUCCCUGCCUGAAGAAGAGGGAAAAGGCUACACAGAAACAGACUCUACUGCGUCCAGCCCAAAAGACCAGAAUAACACCAGUCACGAAUCCGAGAGAGGACCCUCUCCAGUUUCAGCAGGCACAGCCCCCUGCCUUAAUGGCUUCUUGUCUCAGAUGAAUGAAAUGGUCUCAGGUUCAAGUAGCCUGAGAGAGGGUGCUUUACUCCAAUCAAUGCCACUAGGUGUGUCUCUGGACACUCAAAGGGUCUCUCCAACCGGAGGUUUCGGCUCAUACUCGCCAAGUGCUACAGUACCACAAUGGGAGUCGCAGAUUCCUCCCCCAACUCAAACAAGCAUCUCUUCCUCACCCUCUCACUACACAGGCAGCUACAGUGACUCAAUCCUUAGUCAAUUCAGUAGCAACCUGUACCCAGGCCUGGACUCUGCUGGCAUGGUGUAUCCGCGGGAAGGCACUGACGUGUAGAGUAAAAGAGGAAUCAAAGUGUGUUUUCCACCCUGCACUUGACAAAGCAGUUGGUUAAAACAGUUACCUAAAUUCCCACAGUGUUGCCUGAGUCAGCAGAUCCAGCAAACACUAAAGGACUCACUCAACCUCUACCCCUCAUUCACUUCACUGUGUGAAUGCUCAGACACUCAGCUCUCAUCCCCAACUGCUGAAAGCAUCUCAUUUCAAGUUACAGCUAAGUAUUUUUGAUGCGCUAAUUAUGGUUUGUUUGUUUUUUUUGUAAAAUAUUUCCAGUGUAUGAACCAUUGUGUUGUAGUACAUUCACUGCACUGACUGUAAUGUAUUUGUGUGGGGGUUUUUAUAUAUAUAUAUUUUGUUACUGUGAUAUAUGUUUGUGUUUUUAUGUAUCUGUGCAGAAAUAAACCUAAAUGAAACUGA